CUCACUAAACAUGUUCAAAAACUAUUUAAAACAUAAAAAGAGUUUUUUUUUUUUGCAAAUCUAAGGGAGUAUAGUUUUAGCGCCAUAUUUUAGAACGAAGAAAGUGGCGCAGCAAAGAAAGCUAUGGAGACCGAUAAGCGGAGAUCGGGCGAGAAGAAGAAGGUGUUGAUAGUGGGCGGCACCGGCUACCUGGGCCAGCAUCUGCUCCAAGGCUUCACUCAGAUUCUCCAUUCUCUCCCCUUUCCUCUCUUGCUAGGGUUCACUUACCACUCCAAUCGUCCUCCCCAGCCGCUCCUCGAUGCCGCCCCUCAAUCCGUCCCUUUUCCUCUCGAUCUGCGCACUGGAAUUGGAUUUGAUUCCAUCUCGCAAACCCUAGGGCAGCCUGAUGUUGUGAUUAACUGUGCUGCUCUUUCUGUCUCCCGUGCCUGUGAAGCUGACCCCGAAGCUGCCAUGGCUAUCAAUGUGCCCUAUCCUCUUGUUAAGUGGCUGUCCAGCUUUGAUGAGAACAAUACUUUUCUGAUCCAUUUGUCGACAGAUCAGGUCUAUGAGGGGACAAAAUCCUUUUACAAGGAAGAAGAUGAGACCGUCCCUGUUAAUGUUUAUGGAAAGUCAAAGGUGGCCGCAGAGGAAUUCAUUUCUUCAAAUUGCUCAAACUUUACAAUCCUAAGAAGCAGUAUCAUUUUUGGACCUCAGACUAUCUCUCCUCUUCCAAAGUCACUUCCAGUUCAAUGGAUUGAUAGUGUCCUUGCCAAGGGAGACAAGACAGAAUUUUUCCAUGAUGAGUUUCGUUGUCCUGUGUACGUUGGGGAUCUUGUAACCAUCAUACAAACAUUGACUAACAAAUGGAUCUCAGAGGGUAAGCCAAUGCAAUUGCUUGUGAAUGUCGGUGGGCCAGAUAGGCUCUCUCGGGUUCAGAUGGCGGAAGCUGUUGCGGAAAUCAGAGGUUAUAACGUGCCAAUCAGGCCAGUUUCUUCGUCAUCGGUCGACCGUGGUGUGAAGUCCCCAGCGGAUAUAUCAAUGGAUAUUACUAAGCUAAUCCAGACACUUGGAUUCUCACCAACUGGGUUCAAAGCUGGGGUUAAACUGACUCUGGAAGCUGAAGAUGGUUCCAGACACCGGUAAAAUCACACUAUCUUUUAAUUUCUUCCUUCCAUUCAUUAUCUAUUUAAUCAAAGUAGUAACAGUCUACUUUCUUUAGUAGCUCCUGAAAAUGGAGCUGAUAGAAGGUAUUGUAGUGUUUCUAUGUUGUGCCUGUUUUGACUCAACACACAGAUUAAGAAAGUAAAAAUUGGUCAGUUGA